AUGGUUCUGAUAGAGAAACUGCUUGUGGUUGCUUUAAUUUCGGUUACUGCCGCCAAUGCUUAUUCGACGGGCUACCAUGAAGAAGAGGAAGAUAGCGGCGUAGAGAGAAGCGGUCAUGGGGAUCAUGGACACGGGGGUGGUGGAGGUCAUGGAGGUGGUGGCCACGGGGGUCACGCGCACUCUUUUCACCAUUUUUCCGGUCCCGUGGUGGGUGAGCACGUAGAGGUCAGCUGGAAGGACAAACACGGCCACCACGACCACGACUACAAAGCGUAUCCCAAAUACAAGUACGCUUACGGAGUAGAAGAUUCUCACACGAAAGAUUAUCAUGGACAGAAGGAGCAUCGCGACGGGAAAGAAGUCGAGGGAGAAUAUCAUCUUCACGAGCCUGGCGGUAACGUGAGAAGCGUCAAGUAUCAUUCGCAUCCUCACGGUGGAUUUUUCGCAGAGGUUCAUAAUUAUGGCGGGAACGACCACUCCGGAGGUGGCCAUGGACACAAACAUAGAUAA